CCGUUUUGCAUAGAUCUCUAUGCUGUUUUGACGCGAAUGGCGCCGCCUACCGUCAGUGAUUUCGCGCACGAUCGUUUUUCGAGUGCAGCGCUAACCACUCUGCAACUAUUCCGCCCGUAGGAUUGGCAAAAAUAUGCAAAAAUAUGAGAAACUCGAAAAAAUAGGAGAAGGCACUUAUGGAACCGUUUUCAAAGCAAAGAAUCGCGAGACUCACGAAAUCGUUGCCCUGAAGAGAGUACGAUUAGAUGAUGACGACGAAUUUCUUACACAGGGUGUACCGUCCUCUGCUCUUAGAGAGAUUUGUUUACUGAAGGAGUUGAAGCACAAAAAUAUUGUCAGGCUGUACGACGUGUUGCACAGUGACAAAAAAUUAACAUUAGUCUUCGAGCACUGCGAUCAGGACCUGAAGAAGUAUUUUGAUAGUCUGAACGGAGAGAUCGAUUUAGAUGUCGUCAAAUCGUUUUUAUACCAGUUACUGCGUGGAUUGGCAUUUUGCCAUAGUCGAAAUGUAUUGCACAGAGAUCUCAAGCCACAAAAUUUGCUCAUUAACAAGAACGGGGAGUUGAAAUUAGCUGACUUUGGACUGGCGAGAGCCUUUGGAAUUCCUGUGAAAUGUUAUUCCGCGGAAGUUGUCACGCUAUGGUACCGUCCUCCAGAUGUUCUUUUUGGAGCAAAAUUAUACACAACGUCCAUCGACAUGUGGAGCGCCGGAUGUAUAUUCGCUGAAUUAGCGAACGCUGGCAUACCACUGUUUCCUGGUUCAGACGUGGACGAUCAACUGAAGCGAAUAUUCAAGAUGUUGGGCACGCCGACCGAGGCGACUUGGCCAGAUUUUACGACUCUUCCCGACUACAAGCCCAUCCCACCGUACCACCCUGGCCAAGGAUUAGCUCAAGUUACACCGAAACUUAAUUCCAGGGGCAGAGAUCUACUACAGAGAUUGUUAGUAUGUAAUCCGGCUCUAAGAUUGUCGGCAGACGAAGCAAUGGCGCAUCCCUACUUCAACGAUUUGAACCCUGUCAUCAAAAACGAUCGUUGCCAAUAACGAAUUCCAGGUUACCUUAAGCUCGACGAUCAAAUGCGCAUACCGCAGCGACCAAAAUCACACCGACGAAGAUGUUUUGUUAACUCAUUUGCAUCUGUAAGCGGAAUAGCACGCUCACGACAAUGUUCACGUGUCACUAGUCGCAGAUUACACUGCUUUCAGCAAUGCCUAAGGAACUAACAUUUGCUAAAUGAGAAAAUGGCGAAACUACUCUAUUUUCAAUUGAAGAUAUAGCUGUCAUAAAAUGGAAAGAUAAGAAAGGCAUGGUUGUAUUAACAAUGAUAGCUUCGUUAGAUUUUUCCAAGACGAGAAAAGUAAUCAGAUUCAGCGGAGACAAAAUUUAAAAAAUAUUUCCAUCGAAAACAGAGUAAAAGAACAUUUAAAGGAUACAAAGUAUGUUUAGCCAAAUCCUUUAAAAGAGAAAUUUUGUCGAUGCGAUAUUUGUGACGUUAUCGUUAUAUAUCUUUUAUUUUAAAGAUUACCAUAUUAAUAAAAUAAUCUACUGAUUAUCUCAAUUUAUUGACUGUACAAAUGUAUGAUACUAUCGUUUGUUUUAAUUAUUACAUGUAAUUUCUAAGUAAAAUCAAUAACAAAAACAUAGGAACUAUCGUUACACAGUAAUACGCGAAAAGUGCGGUGAUACGAGCCGACUGUCGAUAGAACGUCUCGGAUAAAUACAGCGGCUAGCGUAUACAGAGCUAUGAUGCAAAUGAGUUAAUAUAUACAUAUUAUUAUUAAUUAUUAUUAUUAUUAUUAUUAUUAUACAUGUGUAUUUCGCACUCAGUACGUCGAUCAAGAUGCGAAAUAAACAUCAACGAGUCCUGUUUUCUAAGAAUGUUCAAGAGGAAUUAAUAAAUUGUCAAUUUUA